GCCCUGCCGGAUCGGGGAAAAAAGCGCUGAGCCAUCAGGAGCAGCAGGCAAAUUUUUCUGCAGGUUCGACAGAAAUUAUCAGAGAUUUCCUAAUUCCUCUGAAUACGGCGAUUUACAGUAACGUUGGGCAGGUGGUUUGAGCUCAAGUAUCUCAGUCCGACCACCGUUUUGCCACCAUAACGCCAAUCAAUGGUUUAGUGUGGUGUGUCCUCCCGCCUGUCAACCUAAAGUGUCUGCAAGAGCGAAAUAAAUGGAGAGCGAGAAGAUAUUGAUGGCUGCUGGUGUGACGGUAGCUGCCGUCGUAGGAGCCUUUGUACUCUGGGGACCUUCAGGCUCCCGGUUGCGUCAGCGUCGUGGCCAGAUCGCAGGGCUUCACAACUUCGGACGUACAUGCUUCCUCAAUACGCUGCUCCAGGCACUAGCCGCAUGUCCGCAGUUCAUAGCCUGGCUUCAGCUCUACAACGGAGCCUCGCCGGACCGGAAAAGCCUAAUCAGUUCCAUGCUGAACACCCUGGAGGUAAUUAAUGGCACCCACGCUACACUGCGCGGCGACCCGCAUUCACCGGGCGCCGUUCUGCGGGCCCUUAACACCUUGGGCUGGGUGAUACCCCAGGAGGAGCACGAUGCCCACGAGUUGUUCCAUGUGCUGCUGUCUUCGCUGGAGGAGGAGGCCAUACGGCCCCAUCCAUUGGGUUGUCUAUCUGAUGCGCUGCCCGGACCACCGGGCCAUGAGGACGACAGCUGCAGCAGCGUUGGUAUCGAAACACCGGCUGGCGGCGGCUUCAGGCCGCUCAAUUCGGUGGCCGUGGGCGUCGGCGCGAGCCAGCGGAUUGGGGAACAGCCGAAUCGACCAUCCAGCGCUAUGCUCACUGACUUUCUCAACAUGGACUACGACGAGUCGACCAAUCUGACGCGCCUGGUGCGCUCCGAGGCCCACACCCCCGACUCACCGGCGUCCGUGUGCGAGCGCGAGGGCAACGAUCGAAUCGGAUCCCUGCUGGAUGCCAUCUCGCCCGGCACCUCGUUGAUGGGGCAGCAUCCGUUCGGAUUUCCCCUUUGCAGCGAGCCCCUGGCUAUUGAUUCGCUGACCACGCCUACUGUGGGUGGUGGGGAGCGUUUGUCGCGCCCUCGACAGCCACAGUCGCAGGAUGUGAGCGAGGGGCUCAAUAGGCGGGUGUCGGCCUCUUGCCGGUCCCUCGAACGGCUCCAUCGUGGGCCCGGACGAGUAUCGAUCUGGUCCAGCAUGAUGCCCAGCCAGGUGGCCCAUCCCUUUCAGGGAGCAAUGGGCGCCCAGCUUGUGUGCAACGGCUGCGGCUCCAAGUCCUCGGUGCGCUACGAUAAAUUUGAUAGCGUCAUCCUCAACUUGCCGGCACAGCGCCGCACCGGCCUGAGCUUGGGCCACCUGCUCAGCGAAUACAUUACGUCGGAGGACCUGAGCGACGUCAAGUGUGACUCGUGCAACGAGACCACCACACACACAAAGUCUGUUACGUUUGCCAAGCUGCCCGGCUGCCUGUGCAUCCACAUAGCCCGCACUGUUUGGCUGCCCACGGGACAGGUGUGCAAGCGACGGGACUAUGUUCACUUUCCCGAGAGCCUAUCAAUGGCACCCUACAGCUUCGUUCAACCGCACCUCAACAGCCAGGCCACCACACCUUGGGGAUCAACGAUGUCUCUAUUCUCAUCAAGCCUGCCGAUGAACAAUGCCAUGAGUGGUGGCGAAGGCUUCGGCACCAUGUUCCCCAAGAAUCUGUACCGUCUGCUGGCCGUGGUGGUGCACACGGGCGAGGCCAAUAGCGGACACUUUGUCACCUAUCGGCGUGGCUCGCUUAGGAAUGCCCAUCGUUGGUUCUACACAUCGGACACGAUUGUGCGCGAGGUGACCAUCGAUGAGGUGCUCAGUGUGCCCGCCUACCUUCUGUUCUACGAUCGAGGACAGCAACGCCCAAUGCGCUAGUAAACCCAUGGUUAAUGGCGUUCAUUGGGAUCGGAAUAGUUGUAUUUAAUUAUAUAUGUACACUUGGCCUAGUCAAACACUCAGCCAAACACACAAACUUGAUGUGAUGGAAAACCAAAUCCAAAUUAAAAUCCAAAAUAAUUCGUUAUUAUCGAAACAGUGGGAUACAAAUACAAAACAAAACACACUCACACACAUAAUAAUAAGCUUACAUACAUAU